UUAAAUAUCAAAAUGUCAACACAAAAAACACCAAAUCAGCAUUGCCACUUUUCCUCUUUUUCUCUAACCACUCUCCUCUUUCUACACACUAUUUCCUUAAAAUUCCAAGCUUUUUGGCUGAAAAGGGGAAAAUUUAUUUUUAAGCUUUUUUCUAUUUUUUUGUAAAUAUUUUAAACACAUAUCACGAAAAAUGAAUGAAGCAGCUUUAGAAAGUAAAGAAGAACUUGAAAAUUUUAAAAAAGAUGCAGCAGAACCAGAAACUUCAAAAUCUUCAAAAAAUGCAAUUGAUAAUUUAGAGGAAAGCGAAGAAAAUAAUCAUCAAAAUUAUGAGGAGGAUGACGACGAUGAUGAUUUUGGGGAUUUUGAAGAGGCCCCUCAGGCUGCUUUUAAUAGAGUAAAUAUACCAGAGAAAGAAGAUGAAUUGGACUGUCAAAAUGCUUUUAAAGAUGAAAAUUGCUCAACGUCCCAACAACAAGCACCAACAUCAUCCACUACAAAACCAACCUAUUUAACAAUUAAAGAUAUAAUAGAACAACCAGAAUUGAUGAGAACAAUGAAGAGUGUUUCCCAGAACCCAAAAGAAGGCGGCAACAAUUUAAUUUUAAUUAAAUCAACGACUUCAAGUAAUUCAAUUUUUAAUGAUUUAUUUAAACAAAUGGAUAAUAUUGAACAAAUUAAUUUGAUGGAAAAGAAAGAGAAGGAAAUUGAAGAAGAAAAAGGGAAGCAAGAGGAUGAAGGAGUUAAGGAGGAUGAGGAGAAGACAUUGAGGAGGCAUUCCUCCAUUGUUUCCAGGUUUAUUUUGGUACUUGUGUAG